AUGAGCAUCGCAUUAAUGGAACAGCUGGUCCUGUGUGACUCGCUGUUUAAACAGCGCAGGAGAAAGGGAAGAUGCUGGGGCAGAUGGAGCCAGCCGAGCUUCAGUGCACAGUGGCGGUGGAGCGUUUGAAUCCUGCAGGUCAGGCCAUCAAACGGCAGCUCAUCCGCAAAGGCACCGUCACAUUAGGGCGUAAUGAGUUUCAGGAGAUGAUUCUGCGCGUCCACGACGGCAAAGCUCCUCAAAACUUCAUGCUGCGCGACUUCCAGCUCUUUACGCGCUUCGCAAAGGAUGGCAAAUGCACUGUUAAAUUCAUCCCGGAGAACACGCAGGUCCUGGUCUCCGAUUGUCCGCCGGACCGUUUGAAGAUGUUCCUGAAGACGCUCAGCAUCAAGCAUCAGGCGUCCCAAAGCAGCAAGCCUUUGAGUGACCGGGAGAAACUGCGAGCUGGUCUUCCUAGAGCCUUUGAGACGGUCAGUCCUCUCCAGCUGAAAGAUGUAGAGAAGGCAAACGAGCUGAGGAGCAGGGUGAACGCCCCAAUGCAGCCCAGAUGUCUGGCAGAGAGACCUGCCAAUAAAGUUCUGGGUGACCGCAAACAAGUGAAAAGGCCUAGACCUGAUUGUGAUGCUAGCCCGGUUAAAGCACUUCACCCCAAUAAGAAGCCUGUCUUGGUUUUGCCUGUUGCACAAAAGCUCAGCAAAGAACAAACUGCAGUUCUCAAUGCCGUCUUGAGUGGCAAAAAUGUGUUUUUCACGGGCAGUGCAGGUACAGGGAAGUCAUUCUUGCUUAAAAGGAUUGUUGGCUCUCUGCCUCCAAAAAGCACAUAUGCAACAGCGAGCACUGGUGUCGCAGCUUGUCACAUAGGAGGGACAACAUUGCACAGUUUUGCAGGUAUUGGGUCGGGUUCUGCACCUCUUGAACAGUGUAUUGAGCUCGCUCAGCGCCCCGGGGUACUGCGACACUGGACAUCCUGCAAACACCUCAUUAUUGAUGAGAUCUCAAUGGUUGAGGCUGAGUUCUUUGACAAACUAGAAGCCAUAGCCAGGUCCAUCAGAAGAUCCACAGAGCCAUUUGGAGGCAUUCAACUGAUAGUGUGUGGAGACUUUCUUCAACUUCCACCUGUAACAAAAGGAAAGGAGAAAGCUAACUUCUGUUUCCAGUCGCGAAGUUGGCGGAAGUGUAUCCACAUGAACAUGGAGCUGAUGGAAGUGCGCAGACAAACAGACAAGACCUUCAUUUCUCUCCUCCAGGCUGUGAGAGUGGGCAGAGUAACAGAGGAAGUUACAGCACAGCUACUGAAAAGUGCCAAUCACUGCAUUGAGAGGGAUGGUAUCUUAGCAACCAGGCUUUGCACACACAAGGAUGAUGUGGAGCUCACUAACGAGAAUAAACUCAAACAGUUACCAGGGGUCGUGCGGAUGUAUGAGGCUGUGGAUAGUGACCCGAUGCUGGUUCAGACAAUUGAUGCUCAGAGUCCAGUGAGUCGACUGCUACAGCUAAAAGUGGGAGCUCAGGUCAUGCUUACUAAAAACCUUGACGUCCAGAGGGGUCUGGUAAACGGAGCCAGAGGAGUAGUGGUUGACUUUCAGCCAGGAAAUCAAGGACUCCCCCGAGUGCGGUUUCUCUGUGGGGCAGUUGAGGUAAUGAAGAGAGAGCGCUGGAUGUUUAAAGCCCCAGGAGGGCUGUACCUGAGCCGACAGCAGCUGCCACUCAAACUAGCCUGGGCCAUUUCAAUUCACAAGAGUCAGGGCAUGACUCUGGAUUGUGUGGAGAUCUCUUUGGCGCGUGUGUUUGAGAGUGGCCAGGCUUAUGUUGCUCUGUCACGGGCUCGCAGUCUGGAAGGUCUGCGUGUGAUGGACUUUGACCCUCGAGUGGUUCAGGCCAACCAAGAUGUGCUGAUUUUCUAUAAGAGACUAAGGAAAGAAAGGCUCCUCAUGCAGUCAUCAAUGAAUGAUUUUGUUGGACAGAGCAAUAAGGAGAACUCCCGCUGGUGACGACGUGAUGUGAAGCCUUUAUUUUCAUAUGCACUGUGUGCAUGGAUGCAUCAGGAACUUUAAGUCUUUUUUAAUUCAGUUAUUGUUUUUUCUUAUCUUAUUAUUAUGAUUUUAUUAAAUGGAUGGUUCACCCAAAAACAUUUACUCUAAGUGGUUUCAAACCUUUUUGAGUUUCUGUUUUCUGCUGAACAUGUUGCUUUUUAAAUCGUUACAAACCUGUAACCUUUGACUUUCAUAGUAGGAAAAACAAUUCAAAAUUCAAUCAGACCUUUUUAAAACCCUUUUUUGCAUUAAACAGAAUGAGAAAACCCAAACCGGUUUAUGAAUGAGUAAAUGACAACUUUCUGUUUUGGGUGAAUUGUCCUAUGAGCAAACCUAUUUAUUUAUUUUUUUUAAUUAUUGCCUGAACCAUGUUUUUGUGUUUUGGACGAUGUUUUAAUAAAAUAUUUUAGUUUUAUACAUAAA